AUGACUAGCCGGAUCACCAGCCCCACUGCCCAGUUAGUUGCCAGUUCCAAAGUCCAGCAGGUCGCCAGCCCCACUGCCCAGCGAGUUGCCAGUUGCACUGUCCAGCAGUUCGCCAGAACCAUUGCCCACAGGGUUGGAAGCCCCAGUUGUGAAGCCAUGUUCUUUAAAUUUCUUACAAUUGUAGAAGAAAUUAAGGAGACCCAGAAGGUUCAUGGUAAGAUGCUAAAUGUCCUGAAGAAGGAAGAUGCAUCAGUCAUGGAGGUUCCUGAUGGAGUGGUCUUCCCGCUGCAAACUCAAGCAGGCUCUCGAGGAGAAACUAGGGGAGCGCAGUCUAAUGUCUGCUGUUGUAUAGGGGGCACAAGUGUGGAUGAUGCAACAAGGAGAAUGAUGAAAUAUGUUCUGUCAAACCAGCUGGCAUUGGACUAUAACAUGUUUGGCCGUCACGAGAAAAAGAAGUUUAAGGACUUGCGUCUUUUCAACGUUGUGUAUGGGUGCGGUCAGAGCUCUCUGGUUGAUGACGCUUCCUGGUCCCUCCCUCGAAGACGACCCCCUCCAGAUGCAAUGGCUCCGCCUUCGGUUCCUCCUCCAUACAACGCCUCAUCUGCCACGUCAUCACCGAUGUCAUCCACAUCCUCUUUCAUGAACACUCCCUCACCAGGCUCCAGUGUCCUCACCUCCUCCUCCCUCUCCCCUCCAAUUGCAGCACGCACCAGACAACAAUCAGAUUCAGCUCUUACGAUGCCAAUGGUGCAAGUUAUGGGUCCGGAUGGAAAUCCAGGUUUUGUCUACCGCCCAUGGACAACUCAGGACCUGAUUGAUGCAGCAUCACACCUCCCAAAGCCUGCACAAGGUGGCGCUGCCAUGGCACGAGCCUAUGUUCAGUUCAUCAAAGAUUUCACACCAACCUCAGGCGAAAUCCAGAGAGUCAUGAUGAAAUACAUGAAACCAUCUGAUUUCUCCAAGGUGAAAGACAUUUUCCCAAGAGAUGGCGACUUCAGACCACAAACGGUGAAUUGGGACACUAAUGACAAUGCUGAUCUAGCAGACCGACAGUAUCAGGACUUUGUCACACAAUUAGGACUGAAAUUGGUUGAGGUUUCCCCUGCUCACUGUGACCUUGUUAAAGUGAAUGCCUGCUGUCAGAAGGAAGAGGCAUGCAGAGGGGACGCAGGCCAUGGCAAGGAGAGAGAUCAGGUCCAAGAAUGGGACCACCACCAGGUUACGAUGUGUGCUUCCUGUGUGGCACUAAAGGACAUUGGGCAAAGGAUUGCACACAAUUCCGAGGCCGAGGCAGAGGAAGAGGUGCUCCACCUAGAGGCAGAAAUGACCGUUGGCAACAAUCAUCUGACUGAUCUGAGAGACGAGGGAGGGGAGGACCAGAUGCGUGCGUCACCCAGACAGCCUACCCUGAACCUUCAGAAAAGGGGAGUGGGUGUUUUCAAAACUGCAUGCAAAUUAACUGUGGCUACUCUGAAAUCUGUCUACUUGCUAGACCACAAUCUUGAUAAAACCGAACACAUACACCAAAUGCUCUCCGCAGAACAGAUCCAUCCAGCCCUUGCACAAGUCCCACCCAAAUUGUGGGCACAAGGCAAAUAUGAUGUAGGUCUCAUAAAAAAUUGUGAACCUGUAAUAGUCGCUCCUAAGUCUGACUACAGACCAAAACGAGUUCAGUACCCUCUGCGUCCGGAAGCCGUCGACGGCAUUAAACCUGUUUUUAAAUCCUUAUUGGAAGCCGGUGUUAUUAUCCCAUGCGAUGACUCACCUGUCUGCACUCCUAUUUUUCCAGUUCAAAAAGCUAGAGAACCACCAUCUCUACCCGAGUGGCGAUUUGUUCAAGACUUAAAAGCAGUUAAUGCAGCUGUUCAUGCCAGAACACCAAGUGUUCCUAACCCCUACACUUUGCUUUCACAAGUUCCAUCCUCUGCUAAGUGGUUUUCAGUUGUUGAUCUAUCAAAUGCAUUUUUCAGUGUUCCUGUUCACAAGGAUUCUCAGUACUGGUUUGCAUUCCAGUUCAACGGGAAAGGUUAUACUUUCACCCGUUUAUGUCAGGGUUUCACUGAAUCACCAACAAUUUACAAUCAGGCUUUAUGCGAAUCAUUGUCGCCUCUAGCGCUCUCUGAUGGCACUGCCUUACUACAAUAUGUAGACGAUCUUCUGAUCUGCGCUCCAACUGAAAAACAAUGCAUAACUGACACUAUCAAACUGCUCAAACAUCUGGCAGAAGAAGGACACAAAGCCAGCUUAAACAAGCUACAAUUUGUCAGACAAGCUGUGACCUUCCUGGGUCACAUAAUUUCUGGUGAAGGCAAAACUAUGUCUCCAAAACAUAUUGAAGCUAUCCAAAAGAUUCCAAAACCAAUUACCCAAAAACAAAUGCUAUCUUUCCUGGGGAUGUGUUCCUACUGUCGCGCUUUUGUCCCUAAUUUUUCUGAGGUUGAAAGACCCCUCAGGACCUUGUGUCACCAAUCAGGCAUGACCUCUCGCUCACAACUUGAGUGGACACCGGAAGCAGACACUGCAUUCCUGAACUUGAAACUUCAACUUCAGUCUCCUCCCACACUUGGUCUUCCUGACCCAACCAAACCAUUCACUCAGACUGUGGAUGAACGUUCGGGUUGCAUGACUUCUGUCCUCCUACAACCUCAUGGAGAUAGGCUCCGUCCUGUGGCAUAUUUCUCGGGUAAACUCGAUCCUGUUGCAGCAGGCAUGCCAAAAUGUCUCAGAGCUGUAGCAGCUGCUGAAAAAGCCCUUUUGGCCUCAAGAGAUAUAGUUGGCUACGCUCCUUUGACUCUUCUUGUGCCACAUGCGGUCUCUUUGAUCCUUUCUGAGCAGAAAACAUCACACCUUUCGGCUGCUAGACACCUUAGGUAUCACACGUGUCUUCUUGACAUGCCUAAUGUCACUCUUAAGAGGUGUACUGUUCUUAACCCUGCUACUCUGCUCCCUCUUCCACAGGAUGGUGAGCCUCAUGAUUGCAUGGCUGAACUUUCAGCAUCUUGUUCUCCAAGACCUGAUCUGACAGAAACGCCCUUGACAAAUCCUGACCUUGUCCUCUAUGUAGAUGGCUCUGCUUCAAGAGACCCAGUUACAGGUCUCUGCCAUGUUGGCUUUGCUGUUUGUUCUGACUAUGACGUGAUGAUGUCAUCAUCUCUUCCACCUCACUUCUCAGCUCAAGCUGCAGAACUUGUGGCCUUAACGACUGCCUGCCAAUUAGCUAAGGGUAGAUCUGUAAAUAUCUACACUGAUUCCAGAUAUGCUUUUGGUGUUGUUCAUGACUUUGGUGCACUUUGGAAACAUAGAGGUUUUCUGAAAUCUGAUGGCAAGCCUGUUUUGCAUCACACACUCAUUGCAGAUCUCUUAGAUGCCAUCCUUCUUCCUUCUGCCAUUUCUGUGUGUAAAUGUGCUGCUCACACUAAUGCCUCUGACCCAAUUUCUACAGGUAACGCUCGAGCGGAUGCAGCUGCAAAGGCAGCUUCUCUUCUCCCUUUGUCUAACUCUUCUGUAUCACAUACUUUGGUUUCAGUUUCUUCUGACGUGCCAUCUUCCCUCAGUGCUGUUCAAUCUUUUGCAUCUCCAAAAGAUAAGCAACUUUGGAGAAACGCAGGUGCUUCAUGUCAUGAUGGCAUCUGGAUAGGCCCCGACAACAACCCGUGUUUGCCUUCCCAUUUCUUCCCUCACUAUGCUAAAUUGACGCAUGGGUCUGACCAUGCAUCAAAAGGAGGGAUGCAGCAAAUGAUUAACACAUUUUGGUUCACAAAAGGGUUUUCUGCCUAUGCUCAAAAACACUGCCAAGCCUGUGUUAUCUGUGCUACUCACAAUGUAGGCAGGGCAAUCCAACCUUCCCAACAAGCUGCUCAUCCUCAACCAACUCGACCUUUUGAGCAUGUCAUGAUGGAUUUUGUAGAACUAACUCCAUCAGAAGGAAAGUCUCAUUGUUUAGUGAUGGUAGACAUGUGGAGCAAAUGGGUUGAAGUGUUCCCAGCCUCAAAACAAUCUGCCUCAGUAGUAGCUAAAGCCCUUCUUACUGAAAUCAUUCCCAGAUGGGGAAUUCCAGCUAAAAUCUCCAGUGAUAAUGGCAGCCAUUUGGUUAAUUCAGCUAUCACUGAACUGAGCCUAUACUUAGGCAUUAACCUGAGAACACACUGUGUGGAAGCUCCCCGAUCUCCACCCCCAUCAACAGCUCUUUGUGAUCACAACACACUAACCUACUGUACCAAUCUAUCCAAACAGCUCUCUGAUGUAAAGAAACAGGUGAUCGCAGCCCUCCCUGUUCCAGCCAGUGGUCCCCUGCACCAGCUCGAACCAGGUGACUUUGUGGUCAUAAAAGACUUCAGGAGGAAGUCGUGGAGGAACAGGAGGUGGCAAGGUCCGUUCCAGAUCCUGCUGACAACCCACACUGCUGUGAAGGUCGCUGAGCGGGCUACCUGGAUCCACGCCAGCCACUGCAGAAAGGUUCCAGCACCCCCUGCUGGUUCUCCUGGAAAACUACAAACUCCAGAGGCUGCUAAGUAA